GCUUAUUCUUUCUAUCGCUCUGUUUGACUAAUUAACAUAGAGCGACAGAAGAAUGGGUCUAAGCAAUAUUAAUAUCCCCUUACUUUUGCUCUCGCUUUUGAUGUUUGGUGUUUUGGGUAAUGCUCAACUUAGCUCCGAUUUUUACUCCGAGAGCUGCCCUAAUGUCACAAUCAUCGCUCGGCGUCUGAUCCAACGAGCUAGCCGUAGCGACGUUAGACUCACUGCUAAAGUCAUGCGUCUUCACUUUCACGACUGUUUUGUGAACGGCUGCGAUGGUUCGGUACUAUUGGACGCUGCUCCUGUGGAUGGAGUAGAGGGUGAAAAGGAAGCUUUCCAAAACGCUGGUUCUCUUGACGGUUUCGAAGUGAUCGAUGAUAUCAAAACCGCACUGGAGAAUGUAUGCCCUGGAGUCGUCUCUUGUGCCGAUAUCCUCGCUAUUGCAGCUGAAAUCUCUGUCUCACUGGCGGGAGGGCCGUCAUGGGACGUAUUGUUAGGAAGAAGAGAUGGUCGCACGGCUAACCGUGGGGACGCCGUGGCUGCACUUCCACUAGGACCUGACUCGAUGGAGAUACUUACUUCGAAAUUCUCCGUACAUAAUCUUGACACUACCGAUCUUGUCGCUUUAUCUGGUGCUCACACCUUCGGGAGGGUUCAGUGUGGAGUAAUAGCAAAUCGUCUACACAAUUUUACUGGUAACAAUGGACAGUCCGAUCCUAGCAUUGAACCAAAAUUCUUAAGAACACUGCGACGAAAAUGUCCGCAAGGCAGAAGUCUCACCGCGAGGGUCAAUCUUGAUCCUACAAGCCCGGACUCAUUUGAUAACGACUAUUUCAAGAACCUUCAAAACAACCGUGGGGUCAUUGAAUCAGAUCAAAUCUUGUUCUCUUCGAAAGGAGCACCUACUAUGUCUUUGGUGAAUCGUUUUGCAAAGAGCCAACGUAAAUUCUAUAAAGCUUUUGCGAAAUCAAUGAUCAAGAUGGGCAAUGUAAGGGUUCUCACAGGAAACGAUGGAGAGAUCCGUAGAGACUGUAGACGGGUCAACUAAUACGGUUUUGCUUAAUGCAUCGUCAAGUGAUCAAAUUUACGUGUUGAUUAUACUUAAUAAGUUGUAUUUCUGCUUUUCCACAAUUGUUUAUCUCCAUUUGAUUUUGUUUUACUAUAUUAAGGUUAAGCAUGUCCAUUAUUAAUUUUUUCUCGCUUCUCAGAUUGUAAUCAUACACACAUAUAU